UGAAACAAGCUCAGAAACUAGUCAUCAAAGCAUAAAGUCUUUAAAGUGUUGAUCUCUAAGAAAGAAGAUCAUACCUACUCUCUUGAUCUGGCCAAAUUAAUGAACUUGGUUAUAUUUCCAGGUUAAAAAGGAAAUGAUGGACAAUAGAAGCCACUCUAAUCCUCCAGACACAUUUCCUGUCUUCUCUGAUUCUGCCCACUUGCCACUACCCAGGUCCUUCUAUCUGGACCCCAUGGUCACUUUCCACUUGUACCCUGAGGCCCAGGUGCCAUCUGCUUACUCUGAAGAGCUGCCAUUGUUGCCUUUUCCCAGUGACUCCCUGAUCAUGGAAAAUUAUGGUGAACCCUACCCCUUCCCUUUCCCAAUGCCUUACCCAAAUUUCAGAAGAUGCGAAUACUCCUAUGGGCCAGCCUUCAUCAGGAAACGGAAUGAGCGGGAAAGGCAGAGAGUAAAGUGUGUCAACGAAGGCUAUGCCCAGCUCCGACAUCAUCUGCCAGAGGAGUAUUUGGAGAAGCGACUCAGCAAAGUGGAAACUCUCCGAGCUGCAAUCAAAUACAUUAACUACCUGCAAUCUCUUCUGUACCCUGAUAAGGCUGAGACCAAGAAUAACCCUGGGAAAGACUCUUCCCUAAUGGCAACUUCCAGCUGCCAUGCUGACCCUAUUUUUAGAAUUGUUUGAGUCAGUAUUUCCAACAGAAAGAAAUAAUUUCACAAAAUGAGGGGACAGGUGUGAGAAGCUGCCAAAAAAGCACAAAAAGUCUGACAAACGACUACAUGAUCCUUGUCCUGUACUUUGUAAUCACUUCUUGCUAAGUGAUCACAAUGGACCUCCCUUGAUUUGUCAAAAUUACAGUUGCAGAGAAACCAUGAUGAGAAGGCAUCUUAACAAAUGUAGUUCACAAAACUUUAUUGUUGUUUGAAAUUAUUUCAGACUCAUCUUUGUCCUGUAUCUAGACUUCCUUAGCCUGCUUUGUACAGGACUUCAGAAGGCAGACUGCAGAUUCUGCCUCAAUGUGAAGUAUUCCUGUACCUCUUCCUCCUAUGUCCUGGUUCUUUGUCUACAAAAUAAGAAAAACAACAACUCACCAUAUGUUUAUUAUGAGUAUUAACUGUGCCUGACACCUAAUAAGUAUCCAUUACCAUUUUGGAUCAUCAUGUUUAUUGUUAAGAACACUUUGAGCAUCCAGACCUUUCCUCACCCCUGGGAAGGAGAAUCUGCCUUCACCAUUGCUCUUUUUCUAUUCCCAUGGCUCGCUUCGGCUCUUCUUGACCCUUGACUCCCAGGUCCCAUCUGUCACCAAGCCUAGCCAGGAACUCCCUCAUACUGUCUGUCACACUCAUCUCCACUGUUUUGUUUCUGUGAGGUCUUUCUCAGCUUCCUAUCUCAGCCAUUACUUGCACCUUUAUAUAUAUAUUUUUCUUAUA